GCAUCCCGACCCACACACUGGGAAGGAGCAAACGACGAGCUAGACCGCAUUUCGCUUAGACUAGCGCAAACACAACCGCGGGCACAUAUUUUCUCUGCCCUGGUGGUGCCCCUCGGUUCCUCCUACAACGAUCCAAACUCAUCAAUUGGUGCCAGUACGAUUCAAUCGACCCUUUGA